AAACCCUAACUUCCGUGAUUUCCCGGUAAAAUCUGAAAAAUUUCCCAGCAUCCAAACACAACUUCAUUCCUUAGGAAAAAGCUAUCUGACAAUGGCGGUGCUAAGCUGGAAGCACCACACGCUCAUUCAAUCGUUGCUUGAACGCGGUCCUCUAACGGAGAAAGAGUUCCACUUCAUUUUCACUGGCAUCACGGGCCAAAACCCAGGUACCCAUCAAGGGAAAUUCAAUGAUUAUCUUCUCAAGAUAAACAGGGAACUUUCGUAUGCUCAAUUGGAUUUAAGGGCUUGUAGAGAUCCGUACGACGGUCGAGUUUAUUUUGGAGUUGUUAACAAUGUUUCGGACGAUCAAUCGAAGCUUGGAACCAAAUAUUCUGUCCCUCAAAUUGCUUUCUUUAAGGCCAUUGUCGAAGCAAUAGCACAAGAUGUUACAGCAGAGGGCACUAUCUGCAACCUGGAUGCUCUCAAUAUUAAGUUGGAGAACCAGGUUCUAAACAGUUCGGGGUUGCAAUCUCAGGACGUCCCUGCCGCAUUCAAGAACUUCACAAUGUCUCACAAGGAAAAAACACUCGAUCAACUAGUGAAAGACAAGUGGCUUUGUUACACCGAAGACGAUAAUAUCGGACUUGGUAUUAGGUCCAUUCUCGAUCUGCGAAGUUGGUUCCAUAAUGCCGGGGUUCCUUCAUGCCAAGUCUGCAAUGAAGCUGGAUUUAAGGCCAAAUUGUGCCCAAACGACGGUUGUGCGGUUCGAAUUCAUCAUUACUGCCUAAAGAAGAGAUUUUCUCAGAAAGGCAUGUUAGUUUGUCCAAGUUGUGAUACUCAGUGGCAGUACCAGCCACCCAAGGCGGAACCCAUAGAAGUCGAGGAUGAAGAAACUGAGCCCGUCCAAAGCCAGCCAUCUUCCAAUCCCGGUCCGAGUCAACCAUCUUUAAGAUCCAAGAGAAAGAGGCAAAGACUCGACAAUGUGGAAACUGCCGGGUGUAGCUCUCAGGCAUCAGGUGCUAAUAGGAAAAGAGUAACUAGGAGCUCUGCACAUCCAAGGUGAAUGAUUUUAUGUAGAUGAGGGAACCUAAUGAUGGUUGCUUUAUAUUUUUCUAGAAACUCAACUUGCUCUAUAUUUUGCUUAUAUCAUAUAUAUUGUUUUGAUUCA